CGUCACGCACUCCUUCGGUCGAUUGGCCAGAUUGGCUGGUGCCGGAAAUCGGAAAUUUCGCAUUGUUAUGGCCCGAUGCGAUUCGUUUUCAAGGGUCAUUCAUCUCUUCGGAGGUUUCCUCCGUAAUACAGGAUUCCGAAGAAAUGGAGGGAACAAGGAAUCAACUCAAAAAUUCUAUUGAGCUCUUCUAACCUGGAGCUGUGUCUCACAGUCGGAGUCAGCGAGACCGCGGUUUGUCGAAAUAGUCCAGAAACUCCGACACUGGUCCGCGAGGGCCUCCUCAAAGACGUCAGGGGAAGCAGCUGCCGCAGCCGAGAUCGAGAAGCAGCGUCAGGAGCAGCUUCGGCGUAGAGAAGCGGAACUGAAGCAGCAGGGAGAGCAGAUGAAGCGAGAAAGAUUAUGGCUGCAGUAAACCGAUCUCAUGGAGGGAUAUCUUUUGGCUAUAAUAGUAGAAGAAUUACUUCGUUCUUGGCAAAAAUACAAUGAAAGAGGAAUACUUAUAGCUGAAUAAAGUACUAGAUGUAGUUCUUUCACAAGACGGACCUGAGGAAAGCACUCCACUCCACUUCCUCCUCUUAGACAAAACUUACUAGUAGCUUGGUCCUCGUGUAAGUUUCUAAUCAGAGAGCGCGCACGUAUACUUACUACUACUACCUUGGUCGUCUAAUCAGCGAGCGCGCACGUAUACUUACUACUACUGCCUUGGUCGUGUUUCUAAUCAGCGAGCGCGCACGUAUACUUACUACUACUACCUUGGUCGUGUUUCUAAUCAGAGAGCGCGCACGUAUACUUACUACUACUACCUUGGUCGUGUUUCUAAUCAGAGAGCGCGCGAAGUCGGAUUGGAUGCAGCGGGAGGAACAGCAGAGGAGAAUGAUGGAGGACACGCUGAGGGCACAAGAACGCAACAUGUCAUUGGCAAUGGAGCAGCAGAAGAGGCAGAUGGAGCAACAGAGACAGGAGAUGGAGCGAGACUUCGCCAGAAAGUUAGAACUGGAGAAACUGCGUAUGGAAAAAGAGGUACGCGAAAGACUGCGAAGGGAGCAGAAGGAAGCAGCAGAUAAUGUUGUUACGGCUCCAGUACGACCCUAAUCCAAAUCUAUCUUCUGACGCAUCUCGGAGCCAGUCCGCUAUGAGUUCAAAGAUGAAGUUGGGACAGGUGUACGUCUAAUAGCGUGGGAGCUGCUCCUCUAGCCCCCGCAAAGCGUGUCGGUGUGAAAGAAGUCGCGGCUGAUGACAGUGACCUGAUUGCGCGACUGGAGUUGACACCAGAGCAAGAAAAUCAUAAUGCGGCAGGGAGAAGAAACAGUUCUUCUGCAGCCAGAGGAUUUCAGUUGGCACCGAACAACGGAGGCUUUCCUCCUGCCACGCAGUAUAAUAGCUACUCACAAUCUAGAAGUUCAGGAAGCAGCGACAAAAUAAGUCCUCUAAAAGCUCCUGGAGUGAGUGGAGGAAGUAACACUACGUACUACUUAAGGCUCCCGCUAAUCCAUCUCUAUGUGGACCCCUGAAGCAUAUGCAACGGGAAAACCACGCGCAUACCCUACAGGGAUGGAUGAGGGGUCGCUCUAACCUGCAGCGGCAUUAAUCAUUUUGAAAACAGCACGACUACGCCAGUGAAGCAAACCAUAGCAGAUAAAGUUGCGCGAAGUACCCCGGGGGGUGGAGCCGCACUAGAGCUUGCGUCAGGGGUUAAAAUGUACGUCGGAGAGGAUAUUUUGCGCGACGACUUCGAUGUGCCGGUCGGCGUGAAGCGCGUGGACGCAGGCAAGAACUCGGUCGCGACCGCGCGCACCUCCACGUCCUCGUCGACCAUCAAUAGCACCGAGAGUCUCCCUGGUGCCCGUGCUGAGAACUUGCAGGCGAACUUGCUGCACGCUGACUUAACGCAGGCAGCGCGAAAAGCAGCUAAUCUUAGUAGUGGUGUAGCUGGAGACCAACAUGCCUCUGGGGAGCGUAGAGUGCAACUUGUGGAUUCUGGUUUGAUGUCGCCUAGUGGAGCUACAAGUUCUAGUGGGGCUCCCGUACCCGCGAGAAGUUCAGCACCGCCUUUUGUUGCCGCACCUGGAGUCUCUACAGGUAUGACGACUACAGGGACAGCACCACCCCUUUCAGGAGGCCAGCAGAAUCAGAAGAAUAGCGUUUUGCCUUUACUUUCCGUGACAAACCCGUUUCGCUUCGCGCCGUCUCUUCAGCAGCAUAUACAACAGGGCGGCGCAGCACCAGAUCCAAGACAGCAACAGCAUUUAGCACAGAUGCAUGGCGUUUCAUCCGGUACAACGUAUGCUGCCAACUAUUAAGGCCUCAAGAAAUUCUUCAUCUUAGCCAGGAUCGUGGAGUUCCGAGAGCCAUCACCUGACAAGUCCACAUCAAUGGCUCCAGCAUUUACUCUUCACAUGUUUUUGAAUUAUAGCAUUUAUCAAAUCUCUAUCUUUCACUGAUUACUUGUAGUUUAAGUUCUAAAACACCUACAAACUUCCGAAUGAGCAAGUGGACAGCGGCACAGGAGCGUCUAGCACAGGCGUGAAUUGGCAGUCGGGAAUGAUCGACUUUGACGCCCACGCGAGACAACGACGGAAGAGCGCAGGAAGUGCCCCGACGAACCCGUUUGCGAUGCCUCCAGGUGAGGUCGCUGUGGGGCCUGCAGAAGUAGAGAGAGUUGCAGUCGAUGGUCGUCGUCGUAAUAGCAGUAAAGAAGAAAAGCAAGGAGCCGGUGUAGGUGGAGGCCUUAAACAGGCUGAGGCUUCUAGAAGUAGUGUAGAGGCGAAGAGCAACGACGAAAGACCUGGGAAGCUUAGUGUUGUGGUAACCUCCAAAGAAAAAGCACCAGUGUCCACCAGCUCCAGCAAUGCAGGCGGGGAUCUGAAUCCAGGAAGUGCAGGCCUUGGAAACAGCGAAGAAAAUGGCUCCUCCUCUUCAAGCGCGGGACCAUCUUCGACUGCCCAUGCGCCAAAGGGUAAGGUGUAUGCCGGCAGUGCGCAGUCUCUUUUUCCGCAACCGAAGAAAAAGCGCGUGGGAACAUCGGGGUCGUCAGGAGCCGGCGGCACAGGCGCUCUCAAGGGGGUAAGACGUUGCCUAUCUGGGCCGUGUAAGUUUUUUCUUUUCUCUCUACUUUGUUCCCUGCGUGCCUCCGUGACAAGCGUCAGGACAUAGGUCUGGGGCCGUGGGUCGCCGGCGGUACAGCGCUGCCUAGCUGACAGUGACGGCGUGUCCCUUCUUAGCAGAAGGGGCGCGCCGCCGUCUGCGGGUCGGGUGCAUUGCUUGACUACCUCGCGUCGCAUAAAAAGGGGCCCCGCGAUGCGGAGGCCAUGGCGCCUUUCCGCUCAUUCCUGGCGCCGCGCACCCCCUCGGCCUCGCCUGGGGUGACAGACUCCCGCAGAACAGGGGGAGGAAGCUGCGCAGAGCGGGAGACCGGCGCCGGCCCAAGCAAUGCACGAAGCAAAACCCAGGGGCAGGAGAGCGGCCCACUGUCUAGUGUUGGCUCGGAAAAAGGGGGGCAAACUGCUCGGCCAGGCAGCGCGCUGGCAAACGCUUACCACCUGCGCCAGCUGACUUCAGGAGAAGCGUGCGGGGGGUUGUUCUUGUCGGGACAACAGGGCCCGGCGCGGGUGUAUGGCUUUGCGUGAUAGAUUCGCGGGCCGCUUGUGUGUUCGUUCGGCCGCGUCUGAUUAGAGAGAGAGGCGCCUGGCAUAAGUCUCCUCCAGAAGGGGCCGCGUCGCCACUCGGGGGCGCGUUGCUUGGUAGCCAUCUGCAGCGCUAGGCGCAGGCACACAACCGAGCGCGCGUGCUUCUGCCCAGACCGGCUGACGCCUGCCCUUCGGGGGAUGAUGGCCUGGCGGUCGGCUGGUCGAUCAUGGCGGCGGAGACGAAACGAAGAAACUUAAAUGUGGCGCACGCUGCCGCUACCUACCAGGGCAGAGCCUAGACAUUGACGGCGCUGCGCGACGACGACGCUCCUGGGGUGGAAAAAGUGCCCAGAUGAUGAACCCAAGCCACACCGCCGCCAGCUUUGAGGCGUAUGCACAAAAGGCGCACGCCGCGGAAGCUGCGCCAUUCUCGAGCCCACACCUGCGGCGUGUCAUCUGGUUGAUUUCGGAACGCGGCACAAACGUCGACCAGGCCGCUGCACUUGCAGCGGAUGAGGCGAGGGCUGGCUUGUGCUGUCGUUGCGUGGGUGGUUCGUCAUCAUGGUGCCAAACCAUGAGGGGCAGGCACUGGCGCGGCGUGCCUUUGCUUUCUGACUUGUUUCUUGACUUGUGUGCGACUGAACGGGGGGCAGGGUGGAUUUUUCUCAGCGUUAGGGGAGGCGGGGUGCAUAGGACCACCUUGGAGAAACUCCGCGCAGCUGGACACAAGGCGGCGGCGAUGAACUCGCUACGUUUAGAAGUGAAGGCAUUCGCGGGCCACAUGCGUGAAGUCGCUGCGCCGGGCUUCUCGGCUGCGGUGAGUGAGUACCAUCCAGAAACGACCACGGGCAAAGCAGCUGGGGAACCCCUUGCAGAUGCUCAGCUCUCGGAGAUAUUCGGCACUCAGCUUGAAGGGGUGACGGGUCUGCGCGUGGCCGGCGCUGGUGAAGGAUUGCAGUACGUUGCUCCUGAGGCUGAGGCAGCCGCUCAGAUUAGACAGGAAGCCGAGGAGCAGAAGCAUGACGCGAGAAGCCGAGGAGCAGAAGCAUGACGUGAGAAGCCGAGAAGCAGAGGCAUGACGUGAGGCCGGUCCGCUGCGGGAUGGCUCUAGCUAUGGUGGCGCCAGUCGUGCGCGUUGGAAUGAUUACAGGCGGGGCCGCAGCUGCUCUCAAGUAAGUGAGCACUGCCAGCAGCAGUAGUGACGUGGCCGCGCGCUGGCUUGUGACUGACGGCGUGAAGUGUUUGGCGAUACCUUCUCACACGGUGAAGGAAUACAAACCGGAAGACCGUGGCGCACGAACGGCUCGUGAACUUGCUGCGGGCAAAUCUCUCGCCAAAUUUCAACGCCCUCGCUUUCCCUAGUCGGAUGCCCCCGCCCACUUAUCGGAUUCCGAAGCUAUGGACGGGCGAACUAUAAUAGACCUCACCUAGAAAGUUAGGCGCCCGCAACUUAUGCAACAGCUCCCCCUUCAGUAUCCAGCUCGCCACCGCCUUCCCCUGGGGUGCAAGGCAUGUGGCUGCAAUUCAAACAGCCAGCACGCGCGUGGCACAUGGAAGCGCUUGAGCUUGAACGCAGGCAGGGGUCGGCCUUGUACCAUGGUACACGCCGGCGCCAGAACUGGCUCGGUGCGUGCGGAGUAUGUUGCGCUUUUCCCUUCCAGCGCAGCGGCCAGGUUCUAUUUGUUUCCAUCCAUCGGUCUGGGGCAUAUUCACUCGCAAAACUCUCAAAGCAAGCGCACAACUUGGGCGAGAGCACGCGCCCCGGCGCUCGCGCCACCCGUGCGCCACCUAGGUGCAUGCGGCGGGCUGGCUCUGGGUGGGGUGUUGGCGUAGAUGCUGCAGGCAUGUGCCUGGAAAGAGAACGCAACCCGCAGGCGGGGGCGGGGGUGUUGGUUCGGGGAGCGGGGGAAGGCCUUGGGCGGUGUGAGCGGCUUGCCCUUUUGGGUAUGCGCUUGCGCCUCUCUUGCGUUUUCGAUUGGGGACUUUGGGGGAGUACGAACAAACUGGACCGUGAUGUAUACUUGGUAGUUAUCAGUUGCUUAUGGCUUUCGGUUUUUUUUUAGGUCGAGUGCAGUACUUGUCACCCACUGCGUCCUAGUCCCUAGAAUUGUUUGAUUGCGCACUCACCGCCAGAUGUUUCGCAAUGGUAUCGAGGAGCAUGGUCCAGGAAAGGAGCCUGCAACCGGAGAAGAGCCACCGCCGGAGUCUCCUGGUAAUUCACGUUGGCUUGUUGUUUCUCUUUGAACGUCUGAGCAAAAGUGUUUGUAAUCUCACGACUGAACUCCAAGAUUUACAGAAGCCACUCCAACAUUGUAUUUUUUGGUGUUCCUUUGUAGUUUUUAGCAUUCUCGAAAAUAACGAAAUAUAUACAGAUGAAAUUCGGUAUCAGCAAGAACUUUUGCGAGCGACGGAAGCUAGCCUUGCUUCGAUGAGUUCUCUGGAGAGGUUUCGCCAUGAUGUCAAGCGUGUUGCAAUAUCACAAGCUGAAAAGAUAUGGCUCCUCCAUUGGUUUUGCGAAAACCUCCUCAGCUCGUAGUUGCACUAAGUGGGUGGGCCCGCCCAUAGUUGUACCACAACAUUAAUAAUGAGAAUCAAUCAAGAACCUUUAUCAGGACGCUGCAACAAGUACCAAUCGGGACAGUCACUCCCAUUAACACUUCUACCUGUACUUUUACUACCUAUUUUUUCCACAAGAAUCCUAAAUCAUGAAUCAACCAUCGUUUUCGUGACGAGCCCUUCUAAAAAUGCGGGAGCUUGUCAGAGCCAAGUAUCCAAAAGACAUGGAGCGUCUUGGCGCACUAGGCUUCGCGGAAGAACAGGCUGCUUGGGCGUUAAUGCAAACAGAGGAUCUGGAUGAAGCUGUAUCACUUAUCUGCGAUAGCAAAAGUUAAGGCUACCGCUGGAGCAUCCUCACAACAAUGUUUGUGUUGUCCCUGGCUCUUUUUCUCCUUCUUGAAAAUGGAGCCAUGGAUGCACUCAGGGAUGCGACCGCGGUAGCUCUAAAAAAGAUCUUCUUUCGACCUCUGAGUAUGACUGUCGGCAUCGUGGAGGUUCAGACACUGUACAACUUCAAUAUCUUCUAUACGGAGAUCACACCUCUCGUACGUUGCUGAAUAAAAGGCUUGUUCAAAGUAAUAUUCCUCUUAUUUACGACACAGCAGUAGAGUUAUCUAUCAUAGCUACUUACUUUUUUCAAAAUCGUCAAGGACUUCUAUUCGUACUUUAUACAGGCAAUCACUCGUAGUCCCGACAGUCGCAUCAUUGAGUCCGAAUAUGUUGUAUUACAGACAAGAGCUACUUCGUUCCUGAUGUAUAUUUUUACGUUUGGUGUCAUAGUCAUUAUGGCGUGUAUCUAGACGCGUCCUCCGUUGAGGUUCACCUAUGGUUUACAUUUUUUCAGUUUCUCUUAAAAGAUGAAUGAAAAAUUAACUUUCUUGAUCGGCACAACCAAGAAGACGACUGUAUAAUCGGCACAAUAAGACAGCAGUCGUCUUUGUAUACAGGAGAUUUGGAAGAAAAAACUACACGACGAGUCCAAAGUUCUAGGCCGUGCUGUAACUCAAAAUAAUUUUGCUAGCAGACGCAAACCGGUUCUGCAGACCUGCUUUUUUAUUCUGGUUCUACCUCUCAGAUUGCUGAUUCUGUUUGUUGGGAAAUUAGACAAGAACUCGACUAUUGUAUGAGAACAAUCGACUUUUGUAAUUUCAGAUAGAUUCUCAGAGAAGAAAUAGAAGUCGUGGGACCUGCUAGUGAAAAAGCAGGUGCAAUCCUCCUCAGAGAGUAGGUGCAAUCCUCCUCAGAGAGUAGGUGCAAUCCUCCUCAGAGAGAGUAGGUGCAGAGAGUAAGUGCAACCCUCCUCAG